CAACCUAGUUGAGUUGGAGAAUUUCUUCAAGGUAGAACCCAUUGGAAGAGUUGAUGUAGAUAUGAUCAACCUCUUGGGCUUGUGCAACUUGGAAUCCAUGGCACCCAUUCGGAUUCAAAAACCAUUAUAUUGUGGAACAGAGGUUCAUCGAAGUCCUGUCCAGGGACUGUACGAACGUGGUAUAUUCAGCACAUUUUUUGCUGGGAAUGAGGUUCCGGGCCGAUUCAGCCAUAAAAGUAGAAGAUCCUCAAUAUCUUUUACUGUGACUUUACCUGAUAAACACAGAAUUCAAGCCUUGGUCGUCUUCUCUGUCUAUGCGAGUUCUGGCUCUGAUUUUCCUUGCCAUCGGUUGACUGGUUUUCAAGAUUUUGGUGGGCAUAUGAUGACUAGAGUCAGAAAUAAGAGCAAGGGUCUGAAGUGGUACUAUAACCCAUCACACUACGGUAUUCCAGGUGAAGGAGAAGACAUGAUAUGGUUAAGCCACUGGAAGUUUCAGGAUGAUCACUUAGAAGGCGGCGAUCGAGUGGGUGUUUCAGUUGUUACGCAACCUUGCUUUCGAGUAAAGGAGUUAGGCAUCCAGAUUGUUCAGGAACAAGAAGAGAAUCAUAAUACUAUGAUAAGCACCCAAAACAAAACCUUUCAACUUCGUGCACCUGUUCCUAUGCAAAAUUUCUCAGGAGACUACUUGUUCAAUGAUGAGGACUCUGAUGAAGAUACCGCAGACAAAGAAGAAGAGCAGGAUGACCACGCUAUUGCAGCUACCACAGGCAGCAAUAACUCCGGCGGCCUCUGUGGCUGGAAGGUGCUCGCAGCUUGUUUCUGUUGUCCUGUUGGUAUGGAAAUGUAGCUGUCUUCUCUCUCAGGCAGAAAGAAGGGACCGUCCACAAGCCCUGGAUGAAUUUUUUGUACAUCUCAACAGCAGACUAUUUGUUUUUGCAUACAUCCAAUGUCAUUUCGUAGCAUCAAAUGCAUCUUCUUCGGAGAUAUUU